UUUGAACAAGAUAUUUGCAACAUGCGAGCGAUAUUACAGCGAGUGAGCAGUGCUAGCGUGACAGUUAACGGUGAAAUUGUGGGGAAGAUUGGGAAGGGCAUCUGUGUUCUCAUUGGAAUAUCUGGCGAUGACGAGGGAAAGGACGUGAAUUGGAUGGUCAAGAAGUUAACAAGUGUGCGAGUGUUCGAGGAUGGAAAUGGCAAGCCAUGGACAAAGAGUGUCAAGGAUCUUGAUCUAGAAAUUUUGAGCGUGAGCCAGUUCACUCUCUAUGCCCUGUCGAACAAGGGCUCAAAGCCGGAUUUUCAUUUGGCAAUGAAGAGCGACCAAAGCAAGGACAUGUACACGACCUUUCUAGAAAAGCUUAAAGCAGCGUAUAAGCCGGAGCGGGUACAAGACGGAGUAUUUGGAGCCAUGAUGCAGGUGAACAUCCUCAAUGAUGGGCCAGUAACACUCAUACUGGACUCCCGCGAUGGAAAGAAAAAUGGCCCUAAUGGAACAUCAACAUCGUCAAGCUGAUGAGCAUGGCCAAGAUCAAUUGAAAAAACAUGUUAGAUAUUUAUAUGCACAAUUAUAUAGCAAAAAUGAUGUGUGAUUAUAGGGCCACGUCUCCCCGAUCCGCACUUCCCAAAAGCUCUUGGCGCUUCAUCCAAGCCCACAUCAGACAUGCGACAAACUUGCUAUUAGCGGUAGGUCGGUAACCGAAAAACAGUAGUGCAAAAAAGAUGCAUAAAAGAUUCCAUAGAGCGGACGGGACCAAAUACUGUG